UUUGGGUACACGUUGCUAAUUGCAGGAGAAUUUCAUGUGAAACUAAUUUUGAUUUCCACCUGAGGAUAUUAGAGACAGGAAGAGUGUGGUUACUGUAAGGCGAUGGCCGGAGACGGUAAGGAGGAAGACCGAAAAAAGGAAAAAUGGCUGAGAUAUUUAUAGAACCCGUCACAAGACUCCUUGAUUAUGCCUUCAAUUACAAGAAAAAUAUUGAAAAUCUCAAGUAUGAGGUUGAGAAGCUGACAGAUGCGAAAGUGAAUCUGCAGCAUUCAAUUGAAGAAGCCGCAAGGAGGGGGGAACAUACUGAAGAGUUUGUUCAGAAUUGGCUCUCUAAUGCACAAAAAGCCAGUGAGGAUGCUGAGAGAGUUAUUAACGAAGGUGAAGAACUGACAAAUAAGAGUUGCUGGAUUGGACUGUGUCCAAAUUUGAAGAGGCGAUACGUGCUUAGCAGGAAAGCGCGAAAGAAGGUUCCUGUUAUUGCUGAGCUCCAGAGCGAUGGCAUAUUUGAACGUGUCUCCUAUGUAAUGUACCCGCCAAAGUUCUCACCAUCCUCAUUUCCUGAUGGUAAUUAUGCCUUCGAAUCAAGACAGUCAAUUCUGAUGCAAGUCUGGGAUGCAAUUAAAGAUCCUAAUGUUAGCAUGAUUGGGGUGUAUGGGAUGGGUGGUGUCGGAAAGACCACCCUAGUAAAGGAGGUCAGCCGACGAGCAACAGAAAGCAUGCUAUUUGAUGUUUCAGUUAUGGCUACUCUGUCUUAUUCACCAGAUCUUUUAAAAAUUCAAGCAGAGAUUGCUGAGCAACUGGGCCUGCAAUUUGUAGAAGAGAGUCUCGCAGUUAGAGCGAGAAGGCUACAUCAGAGGUUGAAAAUGGAGGAAAAGAUCCUUGUGGUGCUGGAUGACAUUUGGGGACGUCUUGAUCUGGAGGCCCUGGGGAUUCCUUUUGGGAAUGAUCACCUGGGAUGCAAAAUUUUACUUGCAUCGAGAAGUCUAGAUGUACUAUCCCAUCAGAUGGGCGCAGAAAGGAAUUUCAGGCUUGAAGUUCUGACGUUAGAUGAGUCAUGGAGCUUAUUUGAGAAAACCAUUGGUGGCCUUGGAAAUCCUGAAUUUGUAUACGCAGCAAGAGAAAUUGUCCAACAUUUAGCAGGUUUGCCUCUUAUGAUUACCGCAACUGCAAAAGCAUUGAAAGGCAAGAACUUGUCUGUUUGGAAAAAUGCCUCGAAAGAGAUAUCUAAAGUUGACGACGGAGUACAGGGAAAGUUAUUUUCAGCUCUAGAGUUGUCUUACAAUCAUUUGGAUGAUAAUGAAGUGCGGUCUCUCUUUUUGCUUUGUGGUUUACUGGGAAAAUCUGAUAUCCGGAUCCAAGACUUGCUGAAAUAUAGCAUCGGUCUGGGUUUACUUUACGACACGCGGACGGUGGACUACGCAAGAAGAAGAGUACAUGCAAUGAUCAGUGAGCUCAAAAGCUCUUGCUUGUUGCUGGAUGGCGAGAUGAAUGGGUUUGUGAAAAUCCAUGAUCUCAUUCAAGAUUUUGCUGUUUCAAUCGCCUAUAGAGAACAGCAAGUGUUUACCAUCAAUAAUUACAUCCGAUUGGAGGUAUGGCCAGAUGAAGAUGCACUCAAAAGCUGCACUAGAAUUUCUUUGCCUUGCCUUAAUGUUGUUAAACUUCCUGAAGUGUUAGAAUCCCCAAAUUUAGAGUUCCUUUUACUUUCCACAGAAGAGCCUUCUCUGAGAAUCCCGGGUUCCUUUUUUCAAGGGAUUCCAAUACUCAAAGUGCUGGAUUUCUGUGGGAUGAGUUUUUCGUCCCUACCUCCAUCACUUGGUUGCCUAGAACACCUCCGUACUUUGUGUUUGGAUCGUUGUUUGUUGCAUGACAUAGCAAUAAUUGGAGAACUAAAGAAACUAGAAAUUCUCACCUUUGCGCAUUCUGAUAUUGUCGAGCUGCCGAGAGAAAUAGGUGAAUUGUCUCGGCUAAAGUUAUUAGAUUUGAGCCAUUGUUCCAAACUCAAUGUUUUUCCAGCAAACGUCUUAUCUAGACUGUGCCUGCUUGAGGAACUGUAUAUGGCUAAUAGCUUCGUUCGGUGGAAGAUUGAAGGGUUAAUGAAUCAAAGUAAUGCAAGCCUUGAUGAAUUGGUACUAUUGUCUCAUCUGACGAGUUUAGAAAUACAGAUUCUAGACGCCAGGAUAUUACCCAGAGAUUUGUUCACCAAGAAGUUACAAAGGUACAAGAUAUUGAUUGGAGAUGAAUGGGACUGGAACGGUCAUGAUGAAACCUCUAGAGUGCUAAAGCUGAAGCUCAAUACCAGUAUUCACUCGGAGUAUGAGGUUAAUCAGUUUCUGGAGGGAACGGAUGAUCUAUCUUUAGCUGAUGCGAGGGGAGUAAACAGCAUACUGUACAAUCUAAACUCGGAAGGCUUUCCACAACUGAAGCGUCUCAUUGUCCAGAACUGUCCUGAAAUUCAUUGCCUCGUCAAUGCUUCAGAGUCUGUUCCCACUGUUGCCUUUCCCCUUUUAAAGUCUUUGCUCUUGGAGAAUUUAAUGAACUUGGAAAAGUUUUGUCACGGAGAACUUGUAGGGGGUUCUUUCAGUGAGUUAAGAUCCAUAAAAGUCCGAUCUUGCAACGAAUUGAAGAAUCUCCUCUCUUUCUCCAUGGUUAGAUUCCUUAUGCAACUUCAAGAAAUGGAGGUAAUUGAUUGCAGAAACGUGAUGGAGAUCUUUAAAUAUGAAGGUGCAGACAGUGAUAUCGAAGAUAAAGCAGCUGCUCUUACUCGACUUCGCUCUCUGACACUGGAACGACUACCAAAGCUCAAUAGCUUCUGCUCCAUCAAGGAGCCUCUCACAAUCGAUCCAGGAUUGGAGGAAAUUGUUUCAGAGAGUGACUAUGGUCCUUCAGUGCCGCUUUUCCAGGUUCCCACGUUAGAGGACUUGAUAUUGUCCUCGAUUCCCUGUGAAACAAUAUGGCAUGGAGAACUUUCCACAGCGUGUUCACACCUAAAAAGCUUAAUCGUGGAGAAUUGCAGGGAUUGGAAGUAUUUGUUUACGCUUUCUAUGAUUAGGAGUUUUAUUCGACUUGAGAAACUUGAGAUUUGUAAUUGCGAGUUCAUGGAAGGAAUAAUACGCACAGAAGAAUUUUCAGAAGAAGAGGGAAUGAUUAAAUUGAUGUUCCCUCGGCUGAACUUCCUAAAGCUCAAGAAUCUGUCUGAUGUCUCGAGUUUAAGGAUUGGGCAUGGUCUAAUUGAAUGUCCCUCUCUAAGACACUUGGAGCUAAAUAGGUUAAAUGAUUUGAAAAAUAUAUGGAGCCGAGACAUCCAUUUUGACCCAUUUCUUCAGAAUGUUGAAAUUCUGAAAGUUCAGUUUUGUGAAAAUUUGACUAAUUUGGCAAUGCCAUCUGCAUCUUUUCAAAAUCUGACCUGUCUAGAAGUGCUUCACUGCAGCAAAGUGAUAAAUUUGGUAACUUCGUCAGUGGCUAAGAGUAUGGUGCAACUUGUGACCAUGCACAUUGAAGAUUGUGAUAUGCUGACUGGAAUAGUGGCAGAUGAAAAAGAUGAGACAGCAGGAGAGAUUAUCUUCACUAAACUGAAAACUCUAGCACUUGUUAGGUUACAGAACCUCACAAGCUUUUGCUUGCGCGGCAACACCUUCAAUUUCCCAUCUUUGGAAGAAGUAACUGUGGCAAAAUGCCCCAAACUGAGGGUGUUCUCCCCUGGAAUCACCAUCGCAUCAAAACUUGAGAGGGUACUGAUAGAAUUUCCUUCGGAGGAUAAAUGGCGCUGGGAGGGCAACCUUAAUGCCACAAUCGAACAGAUGUACUCGGAAAUGAACAUCUGAAGAGAUUUAAGGCCAUCGUUCAUUUUCACAAGCUGGAAUAAAGAGGAUGUUUGUUUCAUAGGGGGUUGGCGAUGGACACUCCAAUUUGCAUACUUUAUUUUCCUCUUGAAGGACCUCUUUUAUUAUUAUUAUUAUUAUUAUUAUUUUAUUUUCCCUGUUUUAUAAAUCUAUCCAGUACUAUGUCUUGUAUUUAUUGUUAUGUUUCUCAGCACUCGGCAGACAAUUUGAAAAUGAAUGGCUCGUGCAAGACUUUAUUAUCAGCAUUGAAUUUCUAAUGCGGUUGAACAACAUUA